CCAAGUUUGGGAGCUUUGUCGUCAUCCUCGAUCCUGUCCAACUUUCGCCGUAUCGUACAAUCACUUUCCGUUGAUCUCUAUUCCCAAACGACUCAACCCGCUUCAAUUCCUUCUCUUUCCAACCCAAUUCCACGAUGACGGACACCGAACUUGCAACUAGAGCUCCCGAGAGCGAUGCACAGGAAACCAACACACCCUCCCCCAGCGAAUCUCCUGCUGCUGCUGCUGCCCCUCCCGCUCCCGCUCCCGAAAACCCCACGUUGAGCGAGCACUGCACAGCUGAUCGCCCAACUCCCACCGGCCAGUCUUCCACGGGGGAGAUCACCAAGCUGAACGAUGUCGACGUCUACAUCUCCAAGCCCGCCGACUACCCGCAUACUCCUUCCCGGCUGCUCCUCCUCCUGACGGGCGGCACCGGCCUGCGCAGCAUCAACAACCAGAUCCAGGCGGACCGCUUCGCGACGGAGGGGUACGUGGUCGUCAUGCCGGACCUGUUCGCGGGCGAUCCGGCGCCCAACAGCAGCGCGGCCGCCGAGGUCGCCCUCGAGGCCUCUUCCGGCUCCUUCCUCGACACCUUCAAGAUCAAGGCGGUCGAGACGGCCAAGAGCUUCCUGAUCGACAUGUGGCUGGCGCGCCACACCGAGGAGAAGGUGAUGCCGAUCCUGGAGCGGGUGCUCGAGGGGGCGCGGGAUGAGUUCGCGGACGCGGUCUCGCACGGCGGCGGGGUGUACGCCGUGGGGUACUGCUUUGGGGCGAGGUAUAUCCUGCUCUUGGCUGCGGAACGGACCAAAAAGGGCCAGGGGCAACAACAAGGGGACGAGGAGGCGAACCGGCCGGCGACUGUCGCGCCGCAGAUCAAGGCGGGUGCGCUGGCGCAUGCUACGCUGGUGUCGAAAGGUGACUUUGUCGGGUUGAAGUCGCCGCUGAGUGUGGUUUGCGUGGAGAACGACCCGAUGUUUCCGGACGAGGUGAGGAUCGCGGGGGAGGAGUAUAUGAGCGAGAACGGGGUCGAACACGAGGUGCAGGUUUACCCCGGGGUGCCGCAUGGUUUCGCCGUUGUGGGGGAUUAUGACGACGCCAACAUCAAGACUGCGCAAGUCACUGCGUUUGAUCAAAUGCUGAAAUGGAUCAACGAGCAUUAAACGAGCAGGCAUGAUAUCAGGCGUUCCGGUUUAGGGUUC